CGUCAUAGUAGGAUUAGUCUUCAGCCACCAGGUUCACCCUGAUUCUCCAUGGCAGCUCUUUUAGUUAGAAAAUGCGUCGGUAUCUUCGUAUCCUGUUCCUUUUCACGUUAUUGAUCUUCUGCUCGGUGUUGUUUAGAUUUAAUCAGCUCGUGUCGUCGCUGGAGAGCGCGAAUCAUCAGGCGCGAGCACACCGGAUACGGGAAGCAGAUUCAGGCCUCAGUGCACGCGACAGGUGUAAUUCAGUGUCACUCACUCACUGGAACCCCUAUGGGAGACCGACACCUGCUGUUUGUGGAAAGAACUGCUGUAUGGAUGCGGCUCUUAGGUACACUGUGUCCGGCAGUCGUGACCAGGAGCGUUUGGAGCCCGUCGGUCUGGCGGUGGUGGCGUGCGGCUCCAGGUUACAGGAAACACUCACCAUGCUGAAAUCUGCCGUUCUCUUCAGCCGCAGAGAUUUGCACUUUUAUAUUUUUGCAGAAGACGAGCUCCACAACGGCUUCAGACAGACAUUGGACUCGUGGCCGGAGAGAAUCCACUCAAAGUUCAACUACAGCAUUUAUCCCAUCAGUUUCCCCAAUGACAACAGCCGAGAAUGGAAGAAACUUUUCAAGCCCUGUGCUUCUCAAAGACUCUUCCUUCCUCUGAUCUUAAAGGAAGUGGACUCUGUGCUGUAUGUGGACACAGACAUCUUGUUCCUGCGGCCGGUGGAGGACAUCUGGAAGUUUCUCUCAGGGUUUAACAGCAGUCACGUGGCCGCUAUGGCACCGGAGCACGAGGAGCCGCGGAUCGGCUGGUAUAACCGCUUUGCGCGACACCCGUAUUACGGCAAGACUGGAGUGAACUCAGGAGUCAUGCUGAUGAACAUGACACGAAUCAGAGCCAAACACUUCAAGAAUGACAUGACGACAGUGAAUCUGAAGUGGUCUGAUCUGCUGAUGCCGCUGCUGCAGAAAUAUAAACUCAACAUCACCUGGGGAGAUCAAGACCUGCUCAACAUUAUAUUCCAUCAUAACCCAGAGAGUCUGUUUGUGUUCCCGUGCCAGUGGAAUUACCGUCCGGAUCACUGCAUCUACGGCAGCAACUGCGAUGCAGCCGAGCAACACGGCGUUAGCAUUCUCCACGGCAACCGGGGGGUUUACCAUGACAACAAGCAACCUGCGUUCAGAGCCGUUUAUGACGCCAUUCAGAAGUAUCCAUUUGGAAAAGAUCCAGUCCAGAGUUUUCUUCUCCCUCUGGAGGAAAAGCUAAAGGACGCAGAACACACGUACUGCGGUCGAGUCCGUCACAUCUUCACCAAACGACUGCAGGAAAGUGUCAGAGAACUACAGAAAGACAAUGAGAAAACAAGACAAAUCACAUAACGUGUUCGAGAGGUUUGAAUCAUGUUUAUAGCUGUAAUCACUCACACUAUCACAAAAUCUCUCCUGACUAGUGAUUGUUUGAGAUCAAGGAGUGACGUGUGUUAUCACAAGCACUGAAAUCACUUUGAUAUAUCACAGACAUCAGUCAGACGAUCAGAAGCUGACAAUCAGUGGACAUGUAAACACAUAACCUUGUUGUAAAAUACUCUUAAAACUCAGAGAUAACAGCGAGAACUGUUCAGUUAUCAAAGUGAGUUUGAUUUAACAAACGAGACAUUAGCUACACUAAGUGGCCUUCAUAAUGUACAUUACAUGGUCAAAACUCUUGUGUGUGAAUGAGAGUAAAUCCCUGCAGACAUGUUGAACAUUUAGUGGAAAGAUGAUCAGAAGAGUGGAAGCUCUUAUUCAUGACAAUAGUGUUGAAAUUAAAUGUUUUUCAGGGGUCCACAUACUUUUUGGCCAUAUAGUGUAUGUUCAGAACAGUCAGGUCAGUGGUUUAAUAUUUGAGCGAUAGAUUUCGUACUAAUUGCAACUAUUUAAGUGGUACAGAUGUCAUUUACAUAAUUGUAUUUUAAUGACAGUGAUUUUUUUUUUUUUUUUUUUUCAUUU